GUGUGGCCUGGUUGUGACUGUGUGGCGUAAAUCCCAAUCGUAUUUUAUCUUUGAUCAGGGGGUGUGCACACAAUCCGCAGGAGAGGCGGGAAUAGCAAACCGGUCUACUUGGUUCGGUUGAGAAGGCGUCUGGCGGUGGGGGUGUAUAUUUGGUGCAGAAACGGCGAGAAGGGAACAGAGGCAGGAUUUUUACAAUAACUAGAAUACAGUCGAAUUGAGUGGGUUAACGAGUUAUUUGUUUUUAGUUUCUGAAGCUUUUUCACUGUACCAGGUGACCUGUCCUGCUCUGGUAUCCGGAGAUGGCGCAGCGGAGCGGGCCGGAGGACCCGGAGCGGUACCUCUUCGUGGACCGGGCGGUCGUGUACAACCCGGCCACGCAGGCCGACUGGACGGCCAAGAAGCUGGUGUGGAUCCCGUCGGAGCGGCACGGGUUCGAGGCGGCCAGCGUCCGCGAGGAGCGGGGCGACGAGGUGCUGGUGGAGCUGGCCGAGAACGGCAAGAAGGCCACGGUCAACAAGGACGACGUGCAGAAGAUGAACCCGCCCAAGUUCAGCAAGGUGGAGGACAUGGCCGAGCUCACCUGCCUGAACGAGGCCUCGGUCCUGCACAACCUGAAGGACCGGUACUACUCCGGCCUCAUCUACACGUACUCUGGACUCUUCUGUGUGGUCAUAAACCCCUACAAAAACCUGCCCAUCUACUCAGAGAAUAUCAUUGAAAUGUACAGGGGCAAGAAGCGCCACGAGAUGCCGCCCCACAUCUACGCCAUCUCAGAGUCGGCCUACAGAUGCAUGCUGCAGGCUGACGCUGACUGGCAGCUGACGCUGACGCAGAGCCAGCGCCCGGAGACUGUGCAGCACAGCUCCUGCGGGGCGCAGUCCGGUCACCUCCGCCUCCCCCUGUGCGCCAGGACUGCCGCUGUUGUGUCAGGGCUAAAUAUGGAUGUGGCGGGUCUCGAGUUGCCAAGGCAACGGUUCCUCCAGCAGCGCUAG